AGAGGGAGAGAGAGAUGGGAAGACAAAGAGUAGAAAUCAAGAAAAUUGAGAAUAAAGCGGUUCGGCAAGUUACAUUUGCUAAACGAAGAAAUGGACUCUUAAAAAAGGCCUAUGAAAUUUCUACGUUGUGCGACAUUGAAGUUGCCUUGCUCGCGUUUUCCCCAUCGGGAAAACCUACAAUUUUUGGUGGGAAGAAAAGGUUUGAUCAAAUAUUUGCACACUACAUCAAUCUCCCUGAGUAUCAAGAAGGAGGGCUGGAAGAUCAUGAGUCACUCCGGAGGCUUAUUGAUUCGAUAAGGCGUGACAGAAACAUGCAUAAUCAUCGGAAAAUGGGCAAUGAAAUGUUCGUGGAUGCUCAAAUGGAGGAAAUUCAAAGGGAUAUGAACACGGUUGGUAAUCAGUUUGAAGAAGUUAUCACACAAUUGAAGUACUAUGAAGAAAUUCCGAGCUAUAUCAAGACUGUGAGUGAGAUGGAGGCAUAUGAAGAAUUCUUGAAGCAAACCAUGAACCAAAUCCAGAUGCAGAAGCAAGCUCUGGAAGCAAAUCACCGGGGGCCUCAGCCUGAAAAAAAUUAUCUGGCAGCACCUUUACUGGAAAAACCUGUUCAGGUCCCAAAUGCUGAGAUGCUGACUGGGGGAGGUCAAUCACAGGCACCCGAUGUUGGACUACUCACUGGGGGAGGUCAUGCUAAUACUUCGCGUGCCAGUGCAGUUGCAGGAGGUGGUGGAGUAAUAAGCGCCAAUGCAACCACUGUGGGGGGUAGUUCAAUCUACAAUAUCAACUCCAAGAGUACUGUUCCUCAAACCUCCAUGCUGAACUUUGUUGAUUCUAAUGGGCCUUCUCCCACGAGAAAUCAGCAACAAUAUCUGAACGGUAUUCUUCCACAAGCCCCAUUGUUCCUUCUUGAGGACAGAAACCUUGUUGCUCAUCCACUGACUAAUGAAGGUAAUGAGGUCCGCAGCUAUUAUCUUGAACUGGCGCGUCGAAUGGGGCUCCCUCUUCCCGGAUUGACUAUUGGGAACGCACCUACGGGGGCUCAACAUGAUCCACCAGGGCGUGGUGGUCCCGAUGGCCGUGCAGGGCCAAGCGGACAAGCUUCCUUUCAGGCAACAAGACACCCCAGAGACUGAGUUCUGAGCCUGAGAAAAAAGAUCA